AUGGUAGUUGGAGCUCAGAGACCUGCUUAAAUCAGCUUAUUGAAAAUUAAAAACCAAAAACCCUAAUAACCCUUUUGUAUCAGAGAGCAAUCAAAAUCUGAGAACAAAAAAAUGGCGAGCUUCGCAGAAGCACCACCGGGAAAUCCCAAGGCCGGCGAGAAAAUCUUCAAGACCAAGUGCGCUCAAUGCCACACCGUCGACAAAGGCGCUGGUCACAAACAAGGACCUAAUCUAAAUGGUCUUUUCGGAAGGCAGUCUGGCACAACUCCUGGGUACUCCUAUUCUGCUGCAAAUAAGAAUAUGGCUGUGACUUGGGGAGAGAAUACGUUGUAUGACUACUUGCUUAACCCAAAGAAGUACAUUCCUGGAACGAAGAUGGUUUUCCCUGGUUUGAAGAAGCCACAAGAUCGGGCAGACCUCAUUUCUUAUCUGAAGGAAUCGACUGCGUGAUCCUUUUAGUUAGGUUAGACUAAUAUUUUGUCAGAAGUUGAAGAGUUUGGUUGAUGGAGCGAAUUUGAAAAAUUUUCAUUGAAAUAGAAGAAAACAGUGUCUAUUUUAAAUAAAACCAUCAGGGGUUUAGUGUAUU